AUGAGUUCCUCACGAGAUCCCACGGCGCGCCUCCGCGCCGGCCUCAAUCCCCUCUUAACGGCAUCACUGGGGGGAUAUCACGGCCAUCACGCCAACACACCGCUCUCGGCCGUGUCCAUGUCUUCUCACGCCUUCUCAUCGCAUCAGACGCCUCUAAGCGCAAUUCAACCAUACAAUCCUCAGGAAUGGGUUGCGUCUCCGGUCAUAGGGCCCGGUUCUGAUCGUAUGCAGCAGUUCCCACCACCACAGGGUCAUCCUUAUCUAGAGCCUCCUCAAGGUAACAACCCCUCCACCUCCGCCCCCGUAUUCACCUCCACGCAGCGCAAGACCGAUGAGUAUGGUACUAGAGCCGUCUCACGGGGCAAACAUCUCGGCAGCCCGAGCUCCACCACCACCGGCACCGCCAGCUCAACGGCCUCCGACAGAGCCACCCGUUGCAACUGCGUCGUUUCCACCUCCGCCUGGCACGAGAGAGUCGUCACGAGAAAGGCGGUUUGGGUUUCCGUCAUUGAGCAGGCGACGAGAACAACAGACAAGCACUCCCGUAGAGGCUCAUCCGCCAGUCCGACACCAAGGGCUCAUGUCUCGGGUUAUGAAUGGGAACGCGAACUCGCCGAGACCUUUGACGUUGCAAAUACCCCAGCCAGAACAAACCCCAAGUCUAGCCCCCGCGGCACGAAGAGCAGUAUCAACGCCUGCGGUUGCUACACCGACAUCAGCCAGGUCCCGGUCGUCAUCUCAGGGGCCAUGGGCUCCGAGAUCCUCGAUCUCACUCGUGACCUGUUCCGACCGAUGGACACCCACAACCGACGAGAAUCCUCGAACUCUGCUACAAGCGGAGUUAUUGACCUGACCACACCGCAGUCCUCGGAGCCCAGGUCACAUCGCGGUUCUAUCGGCUCAGUCUUCAGUGGAAAUGCCAAUAGCCAUGGCCAAACGCCGAUCACGCCCUCGAGUGCCAGUCAGCCGAUGACGCCAGGGAGCAGCGGGAAUACGCCAAAUGCCAACAACUGGCCGACUUCGAACUACAUGCCCUCGCUGUCGCCCAUCCUUAGCAUGAGCGUGAGCGAUGCGGUGGAUGAGCAGGACUCCCGAGGACGUCCGGCAAGUCGAUGGUGGGAAGCGGACUCCAGCGGCGCACCAUCAACCAAGAUGGAACGAUCAAAGAGGGAAUCCAAGUACAUGGGCGUCCCCAAGGAGGCCCGAGAAGCUCUCCAAUGGAUUGACGACGCAUCAGCUGGGCCGAGUAACAACCAGCACUGCUCCGACUCCGAAUACCCCCCUGAGAAGGUUGGGUGGCAUGAGCAAGACCAAACGACGCCGGCACCCCAACAGCAAUCAGCUCGCAACUCAGUAUUAUCCAACUACUCAACCCCCAGCACCCCUAACCCAGCGCACCUAGAUGUCUCUCGCCUGGUGACCCUCCCACCCCCGUACCCACGCCACCACCCAGCCGUCAACAACAACCACCCGGAGCUCACGCAGACCCGCAGCUCCGUGCGCAUCAUCAGCGACAUGACUGAGAUCGACUCCAUCAAAGCGAAAUUCACGCAAGCCAGCACCGCCGCGCGCACCUCCGCCGCCGAAGCCGCCAAACAGCGGCGCGCCGCCCUGCGGCAAAACCUACAAUCGGAAAUCGCCUCCGGGGCAAUCGGCUACGCCGACGCGGCGGCCAUCGAAACGGACGCCAACAGCGCCGAAAAGGAGCGCAUCAAAGACCUCGAAAAAGCCGACUUCGACAAUUUCCAAACCGCCGUCGUCGUGCCCGUCAACGAGAUCUUACAAACGCGCAUCACAAAAGCCACUGAGCUCUUCGACUCGUUGCGCUCGCGCCUCUUCGACGAAACGCACACCUCCAACCCCAACCUGCCGCAAGAAGAAGGCGACGAGCAGCCCGAACUCUUAGAAAAACUGACUUUGCUGAAAUGGAUCUUCGAAGCGCGCGAAACGCUGCACCGCGCGCUGUACGAUCUGCUGUCGGAUCGCAACGACCGCUACCGCGAAGUCGUCCUAACUCCCUACCGCCUUUUACAUAACCAAGAAGACAAGAUCGCGAGCGCUACGACUUUCUUCGCCGAAGACGCCGCCAAGCGCGCGCUCGCUUACCACGAGGAAGUCCUCCAUCGCACGCAGCUGUUCCGCGACGUAGUCGAGGAGACGGUCGUUCGGGGAGUGGAGGCGCAGCUUUCUGCGUUUUGGGAUAUCGCCCCUCCCCUGAAAAGGUUACUCGAUAAUAUCCCUCCCAGUUUGGAAGGUUUUCAGAUCCAGAUCCCACCCUCAGAAUACGACGAGAACCCGAGCUACGUGGAACAUCCCCUGCAGUACCUGUUUUCGUUGUUGCUGCAUGCGGAGAAGAGCACGUAUCAGUUUAUCGAGAGCCAGACCAAUCUGCUGUGUUUGUUGCAUGAGGUUAAGGAGGCGUGUGUUAGUGCGAAGGCGAAGGUGAUGGAGAGUGAUGGACGGGAUGGGGCGAGGGUGGAGCAGAUGAGAGGGGAGGAAGGACAGAGGUUGACGGAGGAUUUGAAGGAGAAGGUUAGGGUGGUGCAGGAUCAGUGGAAUGAGGCGCUCGGAGAAACGAUUGGGGGCGUUAAGGAAAGGGUGGGCGGGUGGCUGUUGGAGACGGGCGGGUGGGAUGAGAGUUUGGAGGACGGGGGUGUUGGUGGGGCUUGA